AUGGAGGGAAUCGACUCAGCCCCACUCUAUCUAUCUAUCUAUCUAUCUAUCUAUCUAUCUAUCUAUCUAUCUAUCUAUCUAUCUAUCAGACUCCUUGCCACUAAAUUAUUAGUGCCUCACAGAUCUCUCUUUCAAUUUCUUUCUUUCUUUCUUUCUUUCUUUCUUUCUUUCUCUCUCUCUCUCUCUCUCUCUCUCUCUCUCUCUGUACGAAUGACAAUUUUACUUUCUUUCACAGUCUCUCUAUUUUUCUCUCUCUUUCUAUUUAGCACGUCUCUCUUUUUCUCUCCCCUUUCUCUCCCUUUUCUUUGCUCUCUCUUCCAGUUUUUUACUUUCUCUUUUUUUCGCUGUGUCAAUGACUAUUUUAUUAUCCUUCAAAGUAUCUUACUUUUUCUAUCUCUCCCUUCUCUGCCUAAUUGUCUUUCUUUAUCUCUCUCACUUUUAAUUUCUGUCCCUUUAUUUCUUUUCAUGACUAUCUUUCACUCUUUCUCUUUCUCCCUAUAUUUCUCUGUCUCUUUUUUCUCUCAUCUUAUUUCUUUCUUUCUUUCUUCCUCCUCUCUCGUUUUUUUCCUUUUUAUCACUUUUUUAUCUUUGUCUUCCGAUUUGUGUCAAUGCCGUCUUUACUUUCAAACUACCUGUCACUUUCUCUCUAAUUUGCUCUCUCUUUUUUCUCACUCUCUUUCAAAUUAUUUCUCGCUGACCAUUUCUUUUUGUCCAAUUUUUCUUCUUCAUUUUCCUUCGUUUUUCUUUUUUUAUUUCCAUCUAUUAUUUUCCCUUUUACCGAUUUAA